AUGUCCGAUUUUGAUUCAAAUCCAUUUGCGGACCCUCGCGCGGCUAGUCCUUUUUCUGAUCCUUCUGUCCAGCAAGCUGCACAUUCUGGGGCACGGCAAGAAGUUUUAGGUGAUUUCAAUCCUUUUGCAGAUGGACGCCAGACACGCCCUGCUAACCAGGGAGGUGGUGGCAUUCCUCCUCCUCAGUCUGCUCACACUCAGCCUGCGGUUAUGACACCAUCUGAUGCCCCACCACCCUACACACAAACCGGGGCUCAGAAAAUUGACACAAGUGAGCUUCAGAGAAGACAGGAGGAACUGGAGAGAAAAGCUGAAGAAUUACACCGGAAAGAACAAGAGAUAAAAAAUGCACAGUAUGCUGGAAAACGGGAAAACAACUGGCCUCCCCUGCCAAAGUUUCUCCCAGUUGGACCCUGUUUUUAUCAAGACAUUAGUGUUGAUAUACCAUUAGAAUUUCAGCGCAUUGUCAAGUUUGCAUAUUACUUGUGGGGUUUUCAUGUGGUAGUGCUGUUCCUAAACAUACUUGGGAGUUUGGCAUUUUUAAUUGCAUCAAGUAGCAGCGGAGGAACAACAUUUGGCCUGGCCAUUCUGUGGUUUAUUUUAUUCACACCAUGUUCAUUUGUGUGCUGGUUCCGCCCACUUUACAAAGCUUUUAGGAGUGACAGUUCAUUUAACUUCUUUGUCUUCUUCUUUAUCUUUUUUUUCCAAUUCUGUGUGUAUGUCGUCCAGUGUUUAGGAAUUACAGAUUUUACUGUAGGUUGGAUUAAUGCACUUAGUAUUGUGGGAAGCCAACCAGCUGCUGGAGGUAUCAUGCUAGUGAUAGCUUUUUUAUUUACCUUGGAAGCUGUUGUGUCAAUGUGGUUACUGAUCAAG